UCGUCCAGAGGCCCUAAACUAAAAAAAAAAAAAAAGAGGCCCAUGCGAACAGAAGGCCUGAAGCGGUAAAUCAGCAAUGAACGACCUCCGUUCUUCCAUCCUCACCGCGAGUCAAACUGUCGAAGCAGACAAGUGAGACCUGCUACCACUCACGCCGGUCGGCGUUCGCCACAUCGACGGAAAGCUCGGUAUCGACCUAGUAGGCUAGUAUCCCCUGCAAUUUCGCUUCCGUGACCGCAGUGCCCUACUCCGCCCCUUCCUGUUCGCUGGGUCGCUGGUCUUCCGAUUUCAGAAGACUAUUCAUUCUGUGGUAUAACAUGGAUGCCACAAUGACUCACUUCCAAGAAAAGUUGAUUGAGCUAGAAAUUGAAGGAGAGAAUAUUUUAUUGGCACGACAAGAGUUAGUUGAAAAUGACAGGGAAAGAAACAGAAAUAGGGAAGCAUCGACGGCGUUAAGGAAGAGAGCCAAGACUUCAAAAAGCAGCAUAGGUCUACCUUUUGAGUCGAUUAUGCGGGGUAUUGAGUCAAGACCAUUGGUGAAAGAGAUUUGUUCAACUUGUGGCAAUCAUGAUGUGAAGGAAAGCAACUGGCUUAUGUUUCCAGGAACUGAUGUGUUUGCUAGUAUUCCAUUUCAUGCUGUCCAUACGAUUCUGGAGCAAGAUCAAAAUAAACUAGAUUAUGAAGCUAAGAAACUCCAAAGCUAUGUGAAGGAGAAGUCCUUUUCUCUAUCAGAAAAAGGAGUUCUUGCUGACAAGAUCAGCCCUGGCGUUCUUAGAUCUUUGGUGACCUUGUCUGACGAUCCAAAGAAAGCUGCCCCAACUGAAUGACUCUUCAUUCGGACAACUCCAGUUUGCUAACAACUGCUCAUUUCACUCUUGGACACACCUUCCCCUGUUUUUUGGCGGUUAUGACUAUUAAAUCCUUCAAAUUAGUACUCUGGAAACUAGUAUAACAUCUGCAACAUGGCUGGACAGUAUUGUAAUAUAUGGUUGCACAGUUUGUAUCUACGCAAUUUGAGGCAUUUUAAGUGUUAAAUUGUUAAUUAUCAUCAUCGCCCUCGUCCUCUUUCUUAUUCUUGUUUUGUUAUUACCAC